GUGAGAGGCUUGGGACCCGUGCGGCUCCCCCAGUCCCCGGCUGGCCUGCUCCACCGCACAGGAAGCGGGUUAAGAGGGCUGCCCUCACCCCACCCAGGAAUAUCUGGUCCCCAGAACGCAGUCCCGGCUCGGAGCAGGCAUCAACACAUGCAUUUAAAAAUGAGUAAAUGGAAGAUCCUAAGCGCCAGGUAGAUGCUGGGUGUGCUGAGGGUCUGGAUUGUUGAGAGUUCAUCUGAGAAGGCUUCUUGGAGGACAGACUGAACAGGUUCUGGCAGGGGAGAGAUGUGACUUGGUGCAGUGAGAGGAUCUUGGGGAAGCACCAGAGUGACAUCCUCUACUAACUUAACAAUCAUCGAAGGACUUCUAUUGUCAGGCCUCGUGCUGGGCACAGGGGACCACAGCCUGCGCUCAAGCUGCUUCCCCUGUACUAGAGGAGGAAGACAGGAUAGGUCGUGCCAGGGCAGCGUGCCCGGUGUCACACGCCCCAGAUCACUGCACCAGUUUCUUCCUGACCAACGACCGGAGCUGUCCCCAGAUGAAUGAAUUUUCCUGGAAGGACGUUACCAAUGCCUUGUCCCUGGCCAACCUGAUCCUGGGGCUCUUCUCCAUCUUCUGCAGCUUCUGCAAGAGAUGCCACAGUGCCUCCUGGAUGCUUCUGAUCAGCUUCCUGUUAGACAUGGCAGUUGGGGCGAUAACCAGACACCUCAGCCUCUGCUCCAAGUCAGGAGUGGAGCUGAAUGACUUUGCGAUCUUCACCACCUUCGGCCUGGCCUCAGCCCUGCUCCUCGGCGUGGACGGGCCUCUGAAUGGGUUCCUGGCUGUCAUCUAUGUGUUAGCUGCUACUUUCCGCCUGUGUUUCUAUUCAACUGCAGAUGCUCAGCUCACGUACAGGGGUCUACCCUGCCGCUAUGCUUCCUGUGUCUUAGCCUCCACCUCCCUUCUGACCAAAGGCAACACGUUCAUUCUCUCUUGCAUGGCCUCACUUAUGGUUCUAUUCAUGAUGGACCAGAGCUACUACCCACACGAUGAAAUCCUGGAGUCUGAGAACUGGAAAAAAUUGGUUUAUAUGGGAGGUGCCAUCAUGCUGCUCUUGUCUCCGUUCUCUCUGACUGCGUUUUACUGCCUGUUGUGGUCACUGUCCUACAUCUUCUUUCCAGAUGCUCUGUGGGGCAAAGCAGUGCGCCUCAGGCUACAGUGCCAAGGAAACUAAACAGCUUCACCCACGGCCACUGGCCUCUGUGGGGUCCGUGCUGGCCCGUCAGGCCAAGCCUUGCCUUAUCCUCACUAAAUCUUUCCUUGUCCCCACGUCUCCUGGGUGCCGGAUAACGUGUGGCCUUGAACCAGAGCAACCCCGUGCAGGCCCGGCGGCCUUCACGUCUUCCUCUUUGCUCCGGGUUCGGGAUCCCUUGGGGACAACAGCUGUUUAUAUCCUAUAGCACAGAAUGUUUUCCAAGCUCAAGUUGGCCCCGGCUGAGUUCCAGCCCUGUUACCAGGUGGGGGCGCUUGUGCACUCAGGUCAGUCCCUCGGAAAGGAGUGAAAGCCUGUA